AUGGAAACAAAUCCUUUGUAUUGUAUUCGUACUGGACGUACGAUUUCAGAGAAAACUAUGGAAGAUGGUAAUAUUACCAAUAUUCAAGACGAUAAAAUCGCUGCAGCAUCUUUGGCAAAUCUCUACAGUGAACGGCCCAGUAAACUAACGACAAACGGACAUGAUUUCGCUGGAGAGUCGUCUAGUUCGCCCGACCAGUCGUUUGGCACGCGAUGCCAUAGCACCGACACAUUACAAGAAGAUAAGUUCAGGAAACGCAUUAAUCCGCUCAAAAUACACUUGGGUAAAAGACCGUUUGUGGAUAACUCAGUUUCCUAUAGUGUGAAUAAGAAGCGCAAACCGUUCGUUAACAAAACCAGUGACACACCGAAGAAUAUACCCCCUAGAGUACCUAAGUCAAUACCGAAACGCUUGGAAAACAGUCAUUAUCAAAAUGUUGCAUCACACAGUGGACUUGAGAGUGAGAAGGACAAACCUGUGCCUCGUCUCGUGCCCAAGAGUCAGUUAUCACAAUAUAAAAAGGGUAAAGUGGAAAAGGGAGCCCAGUUGAAAGAGUAUGCUCAAAGCCUAGGAUUACAGCCCAUGGUAAAGUUUAAAUGUCGAAAAUGUUGUUCCAUGUCAUUCAAAACUCUGGCCAUGUUGAAAGAACAUCAACUGGUGUGUCGGGCGCAGGCUAAGGAACCCGCACUCAGUCCCGAGGCAGCUCCCAACACAGAAAUGAACAGCAGCGGUCCUUCGAGAGUCACUCGGAAGGUCUAUUUGUGUUCGGCGUGCGGAACCUACUAUGAGAAUUGGAAUCUCUUCCUCCACAUGCGGGAAGUACACAAUAGACACAUUUGCCUCUUCUGUUUGGGAAUGUUUUCAAAAGCUGAGAAACUCUCAUCUCAUUUAACAAACAAACACAAUGUCAAAGAGUUUAAUUUUGACACCAAGGAAGAAUUCUCUAAAGUGUAUAAUGGAACAUUUUAUUUAAUGUGCUGUGCCUGUGAUGAAAUUUGUAGUGAAAAAGAUGAUUUUUUCAAUCAUGACUGUAAUAAUGUGAAGCCUAAGCCUGUGCCUGUUCUUAUUAGUAAGAAUUCAAUGAAGACCAAUUCCAAGAUUUGUAAAAGUUCAAAUGAAACUUCACAAAACGGACCCGGAGUAGUUAAUAAAGAUGCUAAAUCUGUACAUAGCAAAAAAAUUAUAAACGAGCCGAAACCUGACAAACAAACUACACAUCUACAGAGACCAAUGAGUUUUAUGAAUAAUGAUUCUAUGAACACCGACACAAAUAUAAGGAGCAACAGUUCAAUAGCAGCUAGUAAAGAGACCAGUAUACAGUUGGACUCAUCAAAUGAAAAUAACAACAUAACUGAGAGUUCAACAAUAAGUUCUGUUGAGAAUUUAUCAAAUAAUACAACAGAAUCCAUUACACCUUCAGUUCCUAACGGCAAUGAACCAUCCGAUGAGUCAGAAGAUAGCGACACACCUGAAUCAUUGAGCCCAGAAGCACCAGUACCUGACUCAACAUCUUUGAGGCCUAGAGAACCAACUCCUCCACCCGUAGAGAAAGAAAAAGAGGGUGGUAUUAAAUUAAAAUUGAGUCUAAAUAAUGCCAAUUCCCCAGUGAUUAUAAAUUCCACUGUAGAUCCCACGGUGGGCCAGCAGUAUGCUCACAAGCCACCUUCACGGAACAGAAGACCUCCUAAAAGAUAUGAGAAAGAUAAGCCUCCUGACCCCGCACCGCCCUCGAAACCUCCCUUGAUCAAGAUGACCAUAUGUGAUAAAGCUGACAGUUCAUUUGUAAAGACGACUGUCAUAGAAAAUAAUAAAGAAACAGUAACGAAGACGCUUGUAAAUAAUAAUGUGGAGUCAAUAUGCAAACCUCCCGAACAGAAGACGGAAACGGCAAUCAAAUCUACCAUUUACGAUAAUAAGCUAGAAGAUCUUAAUACUUUAAAUAGGGUACCAAAGCUAACUGUACGAGUUCCUAAAGAGUUUCUAGACAAAGAUUCUUCUAGUGAUUAUUCUUCCGAUAGCGAUAGUGGCGAAAAGUGCAACGGCGAGAGCAAAGAGAGUGUGGAAGAGCCCUGUCCAGAGAUGGAAGAACCAAAACGUGAAGUAACUCCCACAAUAUGUGACUAUGUUAAAAAAGAGGAAACCACGGAAAAUGAAAACAUUCAGGAGCCUCCAGUAGACGAAAACGUCAAAAACGAGGAUCAAACCCUGGUCCAAGCUGAGCCGAAAGUAGAAGAAGCAGAGCAGACCGCUCCUGACGAAAUUAAUGUAGAGGAACCGGAUGAGAGUGACAAUGUACCUGUAACAGAAUUGACAUUAGAUAGGCCAAUUGAUAAAUAUCCAUUGAAGGACCUUCUGAAAGUGUUUCUGGCUUCAACAGUUAUAAAUUGUAUCUAUUGUAAUCAUGCACGUAAGAUAGCAGUGAAUUGUGAGCAGCUCGCGCUCCAUAUGGUGGCAGAGCAUCGGUUUUCUGCCACCGUGAACAGUAUAACUGCCGAGGAGUUAAUGCCAGAAACGAUCACGGCCAAAGUUAAAGCCGGGGCCCCGGAGUUGUGUACAGUUUACAUUAAUCUAGACUCCUACGACAGUGUUGACAAGUGUGAGACGGUUCAGAACAAUCAACUUUUCGAAUGUUUUCAGUGUUAUUUUAGAACUGCUGUUCAUAAAGAUCUCUAUUUACAUAAUCGUAAAAUGCACCAGAAGACAAUUUUACUGUGUGUUAUGUGUAAAAAUAAUUUUUAUUCUUAUAGUGAGUUGUUAUGUCAUUUAUGCCCUGGAACAUAUGAUUCUGAAUAUGAAAUUAAGUUUAGAUGCUGUUUUUGUAACGUAGACAACAUUCUGUCGACGUUUAGGUUGAUGGUGCAUCUUAGGAAGAUCCACCACACUUGUGAUGUGUGUUUAGAAUUCUGCCAAAGUCAAGCACGCCUGUCUAAUCACGUGUGGAAACACAAGCUGCAUCAUUUGUGCUACCGCUGUGGUAUAGCCUAUAGGAAUAAGCCAGAUAUUACUAAUCAUUUGUUUUGGAAACAUGGCACCGAGAGUGUGUUGUGUAAAAGGUGUCUGCAGAAGAAAUGGCCGCACGUGUAUCAUUUCUGCACCCCUCCCGCUGUAUUUGUUUGCGACGAAUGUACUCUUCAAUUUACUAGAGCUGUUUGUCUCAAAGUCCAUAAGAGAUUUCAUUCAGCGGAAUUUCCACAUGUGUGCAUUGAGGAAGGUUGCACGGAAAAGUUUGUGUCGAAGAAAUUACUUAACAAGCAUUUAGAGGAACAUGGAAAGAAAUUAGUUAAAGAAGAGCUAAAAGACAGUAAACCGUUGGAAUCAAAUGAUGCACCAACAGAAGAUCAAAAAGACCCGAUUCCUGUCAUAGAUCUUGUUAAUGAUAAACCAAAAGAGGAAGCUGGAUCUUCCGACGUCAAAGCUGAGGCCGAGACUGAACUAUCUUCUAAGAAAGUCAAGAAGAAGAAGGUCAAAGACAAAGAUGCUUUGUUGUUAGAUGUCAAUUUGCCUGCAUUAAAUCUGUCUGAAAGUGAUAGCGAUGACUCGGACAGUAAUUCAAUCCAACCAACUAAAGAAAUUGAUUCAGAAGAUAAACCUAAACUUGAGCCAGUCGAAGAUAAUGCUGUCCAUCCUGUGAAUAACGAUAAAGAUGCCACUGAUGGAACUGUCGAUAUAAGUUCGAAUAAAGUAGAGGAGACACCAGAGUCAUUAGAUGAUAAGACGAAUGAGCAGCAAGUAUUAGAUAUAUGGGAUAACUUCAAGAAGUAUCAAGCUAAGGUGGAGAAGCAAAAGGAAAAGACGCCACCGCUCGUACCUAUCAGAAAACACGUUUGUGAAUCGGACCAUGACUAUUGCGUUAUACCGACGGAAGUGAACGGAGACGAGGAAUCCUUUGAUAAGAGGAAAAACAAAAAAUCCCCAAAGAAAAAACACGGCGGCCUGUCAUCAUCUAGUAGUAGCAGCAGCGACAGUGACUCCAGCUGUUCGUGUGGAUCCAACUGUAGUUGUUCCUCGAGUAGCGGCUCCUCAUCCUCCAGCUCGUCAGAUUCCGAUUCCUCGGACGAAUCUGGAAACGAAAAGAAAAAGAACAAACAGUUGAAGAAGUCACUUCCAAACAGACGAAUGAGUAACGGGUCCAAUGUCGAUGUAAUGGGUAUGUCGGAGACGCCCAUACUGGUUCCAGAGAAAACUGAGCCCGCCAUCGCCGAGAGCGACCUAGAGACGGAUGAAAGUGAAACAGAUGAAGAAUUCUAUGACAAAAAUCCACAACAAAUUGCCAAUAAAUUACACAAUGAAAAACGAAACCAACUAUUGUUGUUAGCAUCCGUCGCUCCGUCUGACGGAGGGUCCGUGUCUGGAGAUGUAAGUCGCUGUAACACACCCGUUAAAGAAGAAGAACCACAGCAACCGAAAGAAGAAGUGAAAGACGAGGAUAAUAAGGAAACAGAAGUGAAACAAGAGUCUGAGGUCAAGGAUAAGAGUAGCGGCAAAAAGAAGAGCAAAAAGAAAAAGAAAUCACGAAGCUCACGCAAACACGGCCCACUGAAAAUGAUAAUUCCUAAAGAUGUUAUUACUAAACCAGAAGAAGAAAUCCCACCGCCUUUAAUUCCGAAUAAAAUAACUAUAUCAUUACAGUCCAACACCGUUCAACUACCGGAGACUCCCAAAGUAGCCUCCAUCCCGCCUCCGAAGAACUCCAGUACUCCCGCGACCACAGUAGAGAGAAAGAGGGCCUCCAAGAGAAGAAGGGUGCCGAACAGGUUCUACGGUUACUCCAGUGACGAAGAGGCGCCACAGACUCCCGCGGCAUUAAAACCUCAGCUGCCUCCCAAAUUAGAGUGGCGAAAGGAGGACCUGCCAUCGCCGGUCACGCACAAACCCAAGAAAGAGAUUCCGUCUACCGUAACUCCUCAGAGAAUGUUCAACUACACGGAACCGAUACGGCUGACGGCGCCCAUACCUGAUCCGGAGCCGCCACGGUUCCUCAUGAAUUCUGAAUCUAUGGAGUCGAGCGACUCCGAGUCCAGCACGGAACCAGCGCUGGAGAUAUUCCAACCCCCAGCUCCGAACCCUCCUGCAGUAACAGUUCCUCCUCCAACGUAUCUGAACUCGGGCACGUCGAGCCUGCCGUACGCCUUCCAGAGGCCGGCGGCGCGCCAGGCGCGCGAGGGCGAGAGCGUGUACUGCUACUGCCGCUGCCCCUACGACGAGGUGUCGGAGAUGAUCGCGUGCGACGCCGACGGCUGCCCCAUCGAGUGGUUCCACUUCGAGUGCGUCGGUAUCAUGGUACCGCCUAAAGGCAAAUGGUACUGCCCGGAAUGUAGGAAAAAUCAAAGUGUCACAGGCAGAUAA